AUGACUCUCUUCAAACACUCUUCACCUCCAACCCCUCCCCCUCCUCCGGCGUCCCAGUCCUCCGAUUGGUAUUUCAUCGCCGUAUCGCAAGGGGCACACACACAACAACGUCAGAACCAGGGGAGCAGAUUCUGGGGACGGAACGCACUAUCCGAGAGAUCACACAGCGUGUUAGCCCCCUCAAACGACCUUCAUCGUUUGCUGAUCAGCCAAAGCCAUGCUAUGUUGACUGUAUUCCUAGUCAACUCUGGGUAUCACACCACCACCAUCAACCAAACGCCGGCCCUUGAAUAUGACGAGGAAUCAAGCCGUCUCGCCCGGGGGAUGAACGCAUACACUCUCCUCUUUCAGCUGUUUCAUGCUGCCUGCCUCCCAUCAUCCUCUUAA